GUGCUCGUAGCGGAGGACGACAUGGUCGCGCCGCCGCUCGACGCGCGGCGCUACCGACUCGUCGCGCUGCCCAACGGCAUGCGCGCGCUGCUCGUCUCGGACCCGGGCGCGGAGACGUCGGCGGCGGCGCUCGACGUCAAGGUCGGCUUCCUGAGCGACCCCUGGGACCGGCCGGGCCUCGCGCACUUUUGCGAGCACAUGCUCUUCCUCGGCAACGCCAAGUACCCGGCGGAGGGCGAGUGGCGGUCCUUCCUCGAGACGCGCGGCGGGUCGUCGAACGCGUACACGGCCGCCGAGGACACGUGCUUUUACUUCGACGUCGACGCGGGCGACUUCGACGCGGCGCUCGACCGCUUCGCGCAGUUCUUCGUGAGCCCGACGUUCUCCGCGUCGGGCGUGAACCGCGAGCUCGAGGCCAUCGAGUCCGAGGACUCGAAGAACCAGCAGUCCGACGGCUUCCGGCUGCUCCAGCUCGACCGG